AUGACCCUCCGCUCGUUUCUCAUCGGAAGCGCCCUUGCGCUCACCAGCGCCAGCGCCUUGCUUGUCGUCCCCGAAGUUGACGCUGAUGCUUUUUCCAUCGACGACAUCGCCCGUCUUCAACCACUUGAGGCCCAGGCGGCUCAGCAGCAGCAGGUCGACCUUCUCUGCACCGGAUGUCCCUUCGCCGAGCAGAGUGGCGAUGAAACCUCGCUGUCGCUAGAAUUCACUAUCGAUGACGGUGUGCUCCUCGCCAACGACCAUCAAAUCUUCCCUCCGGGCCCUCCGUCGCAGAUCUCCGCUGUCCAGCGCCGCGUCCAAGAUGGCGAAGAAUCCGAGCCCGUCCCCUUGGGCUACGCCGUCGAAAUGAUGCCCAUUCCCUCUCCUCCCGACGAGCCCUUCGACAUGGUCGAAGUCCGAUUCACCGUCCUCGAUCUUGACGGCUACCCCGUUCCCCUAGACACCGUCGCCGUCACUCUGGUUCACAACAGCGAAGGCGAUCUCUACAUGGUCGGAACAAGCAUCGAGGAAACCGCGGACCGUGAAUCAUGGAGGCAGUGUGGUGGAAACGCUCGGUGCUUGCGCCGCUUCUUGGUCCACCGUAUCCGCACCAUGUUCGCCGCGGCCAAGGAGCGCCUCAUUGGAAUGUUCAAGGGACAAGGUUGCGCUGACGCUGCUGCACCACCUCCUCCUUUCCCUUCCCACGGCGACUUCGACCGUCACGUCUCCGAAGGCGAGCCCCACCGUCAUCACGGCCACCACGGCCCUCACCCUCCUCCUCACUUCCACGACAAGUUCCACAAGACCUGGGAGCGCACCCUUCACCGCGUUGUGCGCUUCAUUGUUGUCCCGGCUAUUCUCGGGGUUUUGGCUGGUCUCGCUGCCAGCGCUGUGGGUAUGCUUAUCGGUCAGCUCGCUGUCUUCUUGUGGCAGCGUCAUCGCCGUUCUUCCCGCAAGGAGAACAACGAAGAAGGCUCGGUUUCUGAGAAGCAAGGUCUGAUGACCGAGUCUUCCGAUGAACUUCCCCCGGCAUACACCGAUGAGGAGGCUGCCGCGGAGCAGGUUGCUGACAAGGCUUGA